AUGGCUAACCACAAUCGACAUUCCCUUUCGCGGAGUUUGCAGUGCAGCGGCCGACCAGCCCCUUGUACAUCGUGCAGAAACACAAAUGCCGAAUGCGUUUUCGAUGAGACCUUGGACUUGAGGCGCAAGGUUGCCGCUAAACGAAACAUCGAAGAAUUAGCCUAUUAUCGAAGUUUGCUUUACGCACUGCUCGACUCGCUUCGCUCUCCAGAAGAAACUGAGGUCAGCAACGUCUUGAAAGUGAUACGCGGCUGCCCGUCUCUGAAUAAUAUUGCUGCCGCCGUCGGGGGGCCAACCAUAGACACAAGUGAUGCCGCUCCCGAAGAUACCAAAGGCAGUGUGGAAGAACUUAGCUCGCUGGCUGGCACAGAGGAAUCUAUACACUUGGACUUUCACUCCCGAAUAACGUUGGAGAAGCUUUGUGACAUUCCUCUGGUCCAAGUACCAGCUAAGCCUUGGACCACGGUUACAGACGCCAAUCAACUUGUGUCGCACUUGGUCUCCUUAUACUUUACAUGGGACCAUCCGCUGCUUCAAAUCGUGGAUCAGAAGCUGUUCCUGCAGCAUAUGAAAGCAGGAGUAGCAGACUCGGAAUUUUGCACACCAUUGCUUGCAAACAGUAUGUUGGCAAUGGCAAGUGCGUACUCUGAUUUCCCGGACGUGUUCGCAGUCCCUAGAGAAAUUGCUUCACGUGGUCAGCAUUUCUAUCGCGAGGCGGAUAGGCUCUGGAGGGCUGAAGAAGGCCGAGCUUCGUUGGCAAAUAUCCAGGCAGUAGCCCUGAUGAGCUAUGUAUUGAGAAGCCAGGGAAAAGGCCAAUCGGGCUGGCUCAUGCUAAGGCAGGCCGUGCAGCUUGCACAAGAUUUUGGGCUUUUUCAUAGAUCAAGAGCAUUACUUGAGCAUGGGGUGACUACCGAUCAGCAGCAUGUCGCUGCAAUCACCGCCUGGGGAUUGUUUAUCAUGAAUUCGCUGGUGUCCAUGGAUUUGCAUAGAGUCGCCGAUCUGAAGCUUCCCAUCGCCGAGCUACACAUCAAGGAGGAUUCCACUGGUAAUAUCAUGUGGAGUCCGUAUCCUCUCACAAACAGGCUCGACUGCAACAGGAGACCAGCUCUUCUUCAAUAUGCUAUGAUGAAGCUAGCGGACCUGACGGUCAUGGGCGUUGAGAUUCAAGAAAUUCUGUUUGACAAAGCGUUCGAAAUGACCGUGGAUGAAUUGUGGGCAGCGGCGAAUCGACGUCUUUCGCAUCUAGAGAAAUGGCUCGUUGUUCUAAUGGGCGAAUGUGAAGACGAUGGUCAGCUUAUGCCACACAUAUUGUUUCUGCAGUAA